GCAUCGGAGCCAUUUCCAUCUGGAUUUGGCCUGCAGGGAGUAAGAAGGAAGCGACUGGCAGUAGGAAGAACACGAUGAAUGAUUGGGCACAAAUCAUCCAGCUCGGGCAAAUUUGGCGCCCGCAGCCUAGCCAGGUUGAACAGCUGGUUUCAUGCACCUGCAGAGGUAGACACGAGAGGCGGCUGAGGCUGAGACAGACCUUUUUAUAAAGAGGGGGCCGGCGGCCUCGAAGAGGUCAAAUGCUUGAACAAUCCUAUUGUCAUAGAUAUCGAUACCACAAAGAAAAUAAUGCUGUCCAACAAAUGUCAAGGCUGUCCGCCGAUCGAAAUCAUCACCCAGGAUCGAGACAACAAAGAAGCACGAAAGACCUCGAUCGACUCGUUCGUCAGCAGAAAUGAACCACAUAAAGUGACGGUGAUAUUCGCCGAGGCGAACUUCAUCCGCCACUGUGAUCACUGUCGACAACUAUUCACCGACAAAUUCCAGAUGCCCGAGCUAUGGUGGACGGAUUGGUGCAAGAGAUCGAAUGGAUAUUUUGGUUGCGAAGAAAUGGUGGAUGAAAAGGGAGAAACUGAGGCACACAGCACGUGGCUUCGCUUCCUGAUCAAACACUGUUCGGACAAUCCCACCAAGGGCUACUUCUGGUACAAGCUCAACAUCUUCACCCGCUGGGAGUAUUCGACCAAGUCGACGACAAUUCUCGUGUUCGAUCCCAAACCGGCGGUGCGAGCGCAUCUCGCCGAGAAGCUGUUCGAUAGCAGGAAGGGUCUCGACGCCGAAGACCCGUACUGGCCACACUGUAUCCUGGCCGAGGAGGCGGUGCACCUGCAAGACGACGCCGUUUGGUCGAUCCGAACGUUUGUACGAAACCUGGAGAAGAACCGGCCGUCGCGCCAGAAUCUGGUGCCCAACUACGCGGACCGGCACGAGCUAGCCCGCCAUGCAAUCCAUGUCCUGGAGACACUGGAGUUGGGCACCAAGACGAUCAAUGACAUGAUCAUCCAGCAUGACCGGCUGCAACGAGGCACGGAUACUGCCCACCACCGCCAGAUCUCGCGCCAGCUUCAGUUCCUUCACCACACCAUGCGCAGUCUGUACUGCCGCUCAGACUCAAACAAGGAACGCCUGCUGAACGAGAACCAGCUCGCCUUCCACGUGAUGGCCCAGUUCGACUCGGAGAUGUCGGUGGAAAUCGGCCAUGCCGCCCAGUCGGACAGCGCGGCCAUGAAGACCAUCGCCGUCCUGACCCUCAUUUUCCUGCCUGCAACCUUCGUCUCCGCCAUUUUCAGCACUUCUUUCUUCAAUUUCGAUGCCGGCUCGGGCGACUGGGGCAUGUCGGAUAAGUUCUGGAUGUUCUGGGCGGUUUCCAUCCCUAUCACGCUGGUCACGGUGGCGAUGUGGCUCUUGUGGCAUAAGUUUUUCCCGCAGAAACUGAUCGGAGAGGAAGAUUUGCGGGCCAGGCGAAGAGCCACCCAGCUGGAUUCACUGCACCAUGCAGCUCUCGUGGAAUUGGCGAAAAAGGGAGGAGAGAAGGAUGUUGGGAAAAUGGUAUAACUAUUUUUUUUUGAUAUAUACACCUGAUGACGAUUAUGAUGACCAUGAUGACUUUAUUUAUAGUGUUUAUAUAUGAUGAUUAAAUUGAAGAAUUGAAUUAUGAAUUAGUACAGAC